UGAAAGGGCCGUGAACCUUUUAGAGAAACUGAUUUUGAUCACACAGAGUUUAGACUAAAACAUAAGAAAGUUAUGCCCCUUGUGCAGAAUAGACACAGCAAAGGAAUAGUUUCUUCUAGAAAAAAUUAAAAAUCCUGCUAGGUCCAGCUAGGUUUUUCAAAACGCAUGUUGUCUGAAGUGUUGCCGAUGCCUGGGCUCUGUCUAGGGGUACAAGGGGGUGCCCUGAAGGCUCGUUGCUGAGCUGACUGCAUGAACCGGCCUUGGUAGCAGAAAAUGUCUCCCUACAUUGACAGAGAUUGAGCUCGCACAGCAAUGCCAGCCUUCCAUCUGGGUACAAUUAAUUGUACAGGUAGUGCUUCAUAGAUGUGCCCGCAAAGCCGAAAAGUCUCAGAGGGCUGCCUGGUGGAGUAAGGUUUCAAAGCAAGGGCCUAAGCUUAUUGUGACUAGAGCUACUCCCUCCAAUUUACGUAAGGCUUUCCGCUGAUACAUGUAGCCAUACUGAGAUUUUGCUGACUCUGGAAGUAAGACUAACAGAAAAAAUGUGUACGAGUCUAGUCGAUGUUGUUGCCGAGAAAAUGAGGGAUAGUCAGGUUAUAGGAAAUAGGAAUGGCAUUGUGUUCAGGAAUUAGCUGUAAAGGGUGAUGUUUUCUGCCAUUCAAGCAAUCCAUUCAGGUAGACAGAGCCAGAAAGCCUUGCCAGGUCUAUUACUUCUUCUUGUUAAAAAUAAGAAUGCAAAAGGCAUAUUCUUACACAUCAAAGAGAGAUGAAAGGUAUUUGCUAUUUGUAUAUAUUUUUCAUCAGCAGAAGAAAUAAAAGUUUUCCAAAAAAUGAAGUACCGUGGGAGAAAAAAACACAACCUACCUCCAAACUCAAAAAAUCUUUGUGAUUGUGUGAUUGGCUACUUCCGUUUCUUCAGGAUGAGCUCAGAUCACCUUUUCCAGCUAAGUACUAAGAGGAAAGGAGAAGUGAAAGGUUUUUCUAAUGUCUCUCUAACUUCUGUAAUUAAUAGAAGGGAUAAUUUACUGGUUACUCAGCUGAAUUCUAUACUAGCAAGAGCAACAUAACAUUAGUAACUUGGGAGGAGCAAGAAAGAGUUUGUACUUGGGUAAAUGUUUAUCUCCCAGCAAGAAACAUCUGAGUCACCAAAACAAAAAAGUCAGUCACUUAUACCAGGUAGCCAGGUGGCAGCUUUUGUCUCUUUGGUUUUUUGUUAAAUAGCAAGAUGAAUUAAGGGGUGGUUGAUCUCCUUAGAUGUCUGGGGCUUUUGAAGGGUUGUUUCCCAAUGUUUAUAUUAGUUCUGCUAGUCAUUUUAUAAAACUUUGUUUAUCUGGCAGGAAGAAUGAGGCAGCAUUUUAUACAUGUGGUGCCAGCUCUACAACUGCAUCAAGUGGCAGAAUAAUCAGGUGUUUGGGAGUAAUUGCCUGGUUAGUUGUGCCAACUUUGUGGCAGACAAAACCACCAGAGUUCUGAGCAAAUGGAAGCAUAUAAAAUUCAGAAAGAGUAUUUUUUUCUUAUGUUGCUCCCAUCUUGAGUGACUGCACCUGGGCACUGGUCCACAGCAGCAUCAUUUUCACACUGGGCCACUGAGUCUGGCCCAGAUGUGAUAGAUUUAAGGGAUUGUGUGGAUGAUCAUUAAGGAUAAAUGUAGCAAUCAUGAGAAAUGUGUUCUCUUACAGUGGCAAAUUUUUGUUGCUAUUUCUGUGUUGUUUAGGACAGAAAGACAGAAAAACAGUUACUGCACUGUUGGUUGGUUUACAGGAUUAUGCCAUUACCUAGUAAACAUGUUUUGGUUUUUUUUUUUGUCCUAGGUGCUACAGGGACUACUAAAGAUAUAGCAGAAGAAUCCAUAUCAGAUGAUGACAAAAGGAGGAACUAUGGAGGGGUGUACGUGGGCCUGCCAUCAGAUGCGGCUGCCAUGGCUCCCAGUCAGACGAAAGCUGCACCCAAAGGUACUGGCAGAUUAGAAGGAAAUAAAGACAUCAAGAUGCAAGCAACCCGAGUCUAUUAAGAACAGUUGCCAGUGCUUUGGAGAGAGCUGUCUUUGUGCUGAAGAUUUUGAUAUUUACACAGCCUUCCAGAGAGCAGGAGAGAUCAGAGCACCAAAAAAUCCAAACUGUUCCAAGUUCCAGCAAUGGGUAAAGCUUAAAGUACAGUGUUGAAUUCCUUUCCAGUGAUAGUUGCAUUAUGGAAACCUCCUGCUGUUCUCCAGUGAAAGAUGAAAUUAGUGAACUCAUGGUGGAUGUUGCUGUUCAAGAGCUAACUUUGAUGAUCUGCAACUUAUUUCUCUGUGGCCAUAUUGCAGAUUCCAUCAGCUAUCAGCUAUGCUUCAUAUAUUUCCUCAAAAAAGUUUGAUAGAUUUUAUAUAGAAAACCAUCACUACUGUCCACUCAAUAGUUUCUAUGGUAGGUUCCUGUAAAUUAAUUGUUAUUUUACUUCAGAGUAAUAUAUUUGACAAGUUUGCAUCUUUUUGGGAAUAUUACAAAUUUUAAUAUUUUUGCUGUGAAAUAUUAAGAAUAGGAUGAAACAAGCUUAAGACUUUAAGGUUCUUUAUAAUUAUUACUGUCCCUUUUAUACCAUGUGACAAAUAUUAGUGUUUAAUUUUCACCUUGUAAAAAGAUGUUGCUCAAGGAAAUUGAUUCAAAUAAGAACGAUAUACUUCAUUGUAUUAUUUACAUGUCUGUUUAUAUUUUACUUUAGCUAUAUCUCUUUUAUAACGCAUUACAUAUAAAAAUACUAACAAAAUAAACUAUUAUGUGUUCCAUUCCAUGUAAUAAUAAUAUGUCCUUGCAUAAGGAUGAAGUGAUAGUAUUUUUGGAGCUAGUGGGACUAGACUCCAGUGCUGCAUCCUCCUGACCUGUAGAGUAUUUUUGAUCACUAUUAGAGUUUUAUAUCCCUGUCUCAUCUGAAAGCAUCUCCAGUAUGGCAAAUUGAAACAGAAUGAGCAUUAUUACUACUUUAGCAAAUUGUUCAGGUUUUAAAAUUCAUUAAGUUAAUAGCAAUUGUAAGUUUCUCAUAGAACAUAAAACAGAUUGUACAUUUACAGAUGGCUAAAUAAGUAUUUAAACUACUAAAGCCUUUUGCAGCAUUCUUUAGUCAAACUCUUUUUAAUGGGACUUGAUACACCAUACACUAUAAAUAAUCAAAUAAACAAAGAAAAACCCCCACCCAAUCUGCACCAUAUUAAUAUAUUACUGUACAUUCAUGACCAUUUAUAAAAUUAAAAGAAAACAACAAACCAUAAAAUUUGGGCAUGAAGAAAUAAGCUGCUGUGAACCAUGAAAUUCCUGCACUUUUCACUGAUACCCAUUACUACCAAUGAACUACCAUUGACUAUGAUUUCCAGUAACUUGCAGCUUUCACUUUUAUAUAGUGGUAGUUUGAUGUGAGGCUUGCAAAAAGAGAUAUUUAAAAGUAUUCCUUGCUUGUCCUCUUUUAAUUAUUUGUGACAUUAUUUAUUGCUAUUCUCUACCAGUCUGUUACUUGGGUUAUCAAUGAUUUCAGGCUUCCAGCUCCUGUAUCAUUCUUGACUGUCGACCUCAAACUGAAAUGAAAUAAGCUUGAGAUUAAAUAAGCUUGAAGAUGUGGUGUUAAAAUAUCUCUCAGUAUGAAUGAAAGUCUGUA